AUGGAGGCCCAGUCGUUGAAGCUUGAGGGGCAUGACGUGACGGACGAUGAUGUCGCUCGGGCUUGCGCAAAUAACGCAGUAGUAAGCAUCACGUUGGAGGGCUGUGAUCAUGUCACCGAUAUCAGUGCGCUGGCCAAUAUCCCUACGCUAGAAGAGGCGCACAUUUACAAUUGUAAGAAAAUGCGAUAUGUGGGUUCAUUGGGUCAAACAGGCACAGCACUUCGAAAGCUUGUGCUGGACGGGACUCCAAUAACAGGGGCGCAGUUGCGCAGCAUGAAAAGCGAACGCACACAGGUUGUGCUUAGGGAGCAGAUAAACUUCCCGGAUAUGGAGCGGCCACGCCAAUCGCUUGUGAAGUCAGCUAUCGAUAUGAUUCGGAAUGUGGCAGCCCAGUUUAAUCCAGAGGAGAUUGGAGUUGCCUUUAACGGAGGCAAGGACUCGGUGGUCAUGAUGGAUCUCCUUCAAUGUGCGCUGGGCGCCGAUGUGGUGGAACGAUUUUGUGUGUUUACUCUUGGAUCAGGCGGAAAGAAUGAAUUCCACGAAGUAGUUUCCUUCAGACAGGCGUACAUGGAGGCUUAUAAUAUGUCUAUAGUCAAGACCAAUCCGUCGUUAUCAAUGAAAGAGGGCCUUGCACACCUGGUGGAUACGAAGGGUAUUCGUCUCGUCUUCAUGGGAACACGCAUCAGCGAUAGCGCACAUCAAAAGGCAAGUGUGGAGCGCACAACGGCAGGGUGGCCUGACAUGUUGCGUGCAUGCCCAGUAUUCCAUUGGGAAUACGAGGACAUCUGGGGUUACACUCUCGCCUACGGUCUUCCCUUUUGCAGGUUAUACACUUUGGGUUACACCUCCCUUGGCGGGCUUGACAACACCACACCAAACCCUCUUUUGCGCCGCAGCGAUGGCACUUUCCGUCCAGCCUGGGAACUGAGCGACAGUUCGGCUGAGAGGAGUGGUCGCCUGGUACGGGCAUGA